UAACGAAACUAAAGAUUUUUAUUUUUUUAAAAAAACCAAAAAAAACAAUUUAAAGAUGUCAAAAAACCUUUCAUCUAACCAGCAAUGUAUAGCAUUUUUAGUUGCAGAAUGGCUUGAAAACUGCUUAAAAGAAGGAAUUAUUCCAGAGGAAGAAAAAGAAGGAAUUGAAGUAGCAGUACAAUGUAUCACUGGAACCUUUUCAGUAGAUCCUUGUUGUAGUAAUCAACGAAAAAGCCUUGGAAUAGACUCCCAAACACUUACAAGCAUUUUUGAAGAAGCACAGCAGCAGACUAGAAGUUCAGUAAAAAUUAGUGCGGAAUUUGCAACCAAUAUUACUACAACAUGUAAUAUAAACACAAAUGAUAAAGCAAAAGCAGAGGAUUUAAAAACACAGGGAAACAAUGCAAUGUCUAAAAAGGAUUACUCUCAUGCUAUUCAUUGCUAUACAGAGGCACUCAAGCUUUUUCCACACGAUGUAAUUUAUCUGUCUAAUCGUGCAGCAGCAUAUUCUCAAUCAGGAGAUAAUCAUUCUGCUGUGAAAGAUGCAAAAUUAGCACUAGAAAUAGAUCCUAGCUAUGGGAAAGCAUAUAGUCGCCUUGGUCAUGCUUAUUAUGCACUAGGAAAUUAUAAAGAAGCGUUAGAAGUAUAUGAAAAAGGUUUAAAAGUUGAUCCAGCUUCAGAAAUAAUGAAACGAGGACUUGAACUCGUAAAAAAAAAUGUUAAUGAGCAAAAUAAUAUUACACAAGAAAAGAAUUCAGAAUUUGAAAAUGUUUCUAAAGCUUCGAAUACGGAUUCAUCAAAUGAAAUACCUAGGGGUACCUGUGAAAUGCCCGACUUUGCAUCUAUGAUGAACAAUUCGACUUUUAUGUCUGUAGCACAAAACUUGAUGUCAUCUGGUGCUUUAAAUGAUCUACUAACUAAUCCACGUAUUGCACAAAUGGCACAAAAUAUUAUGAGUAGUGGACAAGCUCCUAAUAUACAAGAUAUAAUGGCUGAUCCAGAAAUGAGAAAUAUAGCUAGAGGAUUUAUGGGAAAUUUUGGUCAAGGGAAUACAGGAAAUACAGGAGGAAAUGUAGAAAAGCCUUUUAAUUCAAAUUAAAUUAUUAAGGAUAAUUGUUUUUAAAAUAAAGGAUUUUUUAUCAAAAAAUAUUAUUUUUA